GAGGGAGGCGGCAGCUCGCAGCUCCCGCCCGCCCGCGCUCCCGUGGCCGCCGGGGAUGCGGCAGCCGCCGGGCAGCGCCGGGCCCCGCACCCCACGGGAUGCGCCCGCCGUCGCCUGGCUGAAGUGUUUGGUUUCCAAAUGUCUGGGAACAGCUGUGGGCUGGACGGUGGGAACGUGGCCCCCGAGGUGUAGGAUGGUGGCAGGGCUGGCCAUGAUGCCACGGGUCCUGCUGGGGGCCCUGCUCCCAGCGCUGCUCCUGGCCGCCCCCCCGCCCAUCAACAAGCUCGCCCUGUUCCCGGACAAGAGCGCCUGGUGCGAGGCCAAGAACAUCACCCAGAUCGUGGGGCACAGCGGCUGCGACUCCAAAUCCAUCCAGAACAGGGCCUGUCUGGGACAGUGCUUCAGCUACAGCGUCCCCAACACCUUCCCCCAGUCCACAGAGUCCCUGGUUCACUGCGACUCCUGCAUGCCAGCCCAGUCCAUGUGGGAAAUUGUGACACUGGACUGCCCAGGCAACGAGGAGAUCCCCAGGGUGGACAAGCUGGUGGAGAAGAUCCUGCACUGCAGCUGCCAGGCCUGUGGCAAGGAGCAGAGCCACGAGGGAGCCCUGUUCAAUGUGUACCUGAACGAGGAGAGCAUGGCCCACCAGGGCCACAUGGCCCACCAGGGGCACCACCAGCACCCCCAGCAGCAGCAGGAGCUGCAGGAACCCUCCAGCCACCAGCAGCACGAGGAGGAGGGCGAGGAGUGACCCAGCCCUGGACUGUCCUGGCAGGGCUGUGCAGGGCUCUGGGGAGUCUGUCCUGUCAAAUCAAAUCUCUGCCCCCCGACACCCCAGCAGGGCUGAGGCUGCAGCUGCAGGCUGAGACACCAGGGCUCAGCCUUUCCUGAUGCAAAACUACUUGCACAUAAUAAUAAUAAUAUAUUGAGAGGAGUGGCACGAGGGGCUCUGGCUGAGAGCAGGGGCUGGGCUGGGCUCCCAGGGUCCCAGGCCUCUGAGUCCUGCUGAGUUUUCCUCAUGCCCAGCAAGGAGGAAGAAGGGAAGCAGCUUCUCCACAGUCCCCUGAGGGAUCCCUUGCUCCCCUUCUGCCUCCUCUGUCCCUGCUCCCACAGAGCUCAGCUCACACUCCUGGCACCCCCUGACCUCAGCCCAGCCCCAGCCCUUUGUACCAGGGCUCCUGGGGAGGGUUUUGCCCUCUGGGGCUGUGUGAGGGGACUGGGAACCGUGGUGGUGACAGCCCUCACCUUGCUGUCCCCAGGGCCACCACGUUCCACUGCUCCUGGGCGUGAGGGAUUUGGGUCAUCAGUGCUGGGGCUUCACCUUUUGGGGCUGCAGGGGAAGGCCAAGAGCUGGGAGGGUCUGGGGGAGGUUCCAGCCCUGUUCCCCCUCUCCCUGCUGCAUUUCCAUGGUGGUGGAGGGAGAAGGGGCUGCAGGGAGGGCUGGGGCAGGGCUGGGGUCAGGGUGGGCACAGCCUCUGCUGCCCCUCUCUGUUGUAUAAAGCUGAUUCCUUGGAGUUGUCCUGACAAGAGCUUCCAGAGCUUGUAAUCAACGCCUCCCCCUCCUUUUGCCAAGUUUUGGUUGUUUUUUUUUUUUUUCUUAAAUAAAUUAGUUCUGAGUUCCACUGCUCA